GGUUUGGGCUUGGCCGGGCUGCGGCAGGUGAGGCUGGCGGCGGCGACGACAGAGGAAGAGGGCUCGGGGCGGACGUGCCUCGCGGAGCAGAGAAGCCAGCGGAACGUCAUGGAGGGCUCAGGGGAGGAGCCAGGCCCGCAGCCGCCGCAGCCGCCGCAGCUCGGGGACCACCGCAUCCGCGACGGCGACUUCGUGGUGCUGAAACGGGAAGAUGUGUUCAAAGCGGUGCAGGUCCAGCGGAGAAAAAAAGUAACGUUUGAAAAACAGUGGUUCUAUCUGGAUAAUGCCAUUGGCCAUAGUUACGGAACCACAUUUGAAGUGACCAGCGGAGGCAGUCUUCAGCCCAAGAAGAAGAAGGAAGAGCCUACUUCAGAGACAAAAGAAGCAGGCAUUGACAAUCGAAAUAUAAUCGACGAUGGGAAAUCUCAGAAACUUACUCAAGAUGACAUAAAAGCCUUGAAGGACAAGGGCAUUAAAGGAGAGGAAAUAGUUCAGCAGUUAAUUGAAAAUAGUACCACAUUCCGGGACAAGACAGAAUUUGCUCAAGAUAAAUAUAUAAAAAAGAAGAAGAAAAAAUACGAAGCCGUUGUUACCGUGGUGAAGCCAUCUACCCGCAUUCUUUCAGUUAUGUAUUAUGCAAGAGAACCUGGAAAAAUUAACCACAUGAGAUACGAUACACUAGCCCAGAUGCUGACGUUGGGAAAUAUUCGUGCUGGCAAUAAAAUGAUCGUAAUGGAGACCUGUGCGGGUUUGGUGCUGGGUGCGAUGAUGGAACGAAUGGGAGGUUUUGGUUCCAUUAUUCAGCUGUAUCCCGGAGGUGGACCCGUUCGGGCAGCGACAGCAUGUUUUGGAUUUCCCAAAUCUUUCCUCAGUGGUCUUUAUGAAUUCCCCCUCAACAAAGUGGACAGUCUCCUAAAUGGGACGUUUUCAUCCGAGAUGUUGUCUUCAGAGUCAAAAGGCAGUGCUUCGGUUGAAGAAAGUAACGGCAUAACUGAGGAAAAACAGGCUUCUGAACAGGAGAAUGAAGACAGCAUGGCAGAAGCCCCAGAGAGCACCCUCCCAGAAGAACAAGAAACAAUGGAAAUCGUUUCUGAAGAUCCAGAAGAUAAGGACCCUAAAGAGAGAGGAAGCAAAAAGGAUUAUAUUCAGGAGAAGCAAAGGAGACAAGAAGAGCAGAGGAAAAGACAUUUAGAGGCCGCAGCUCUGCUGAAUGAAAGAAACGCAGAUGGUUUAAUUGUAGCAAGCCGUUUCCAUCCCAUUCCACUGCUGAUGUCCUUGCUGGACUUUGUGGCCCCUUCCAGGCCAUUUGUAGUCUACUGUCAAUAUAAAGAGCCUCUGUUGGAAUGCUACACAAAACUGCGGGAGAGGGGAGGGGUCAUCAACCUCAGGCUGUCUGAAACCUGGCUCAGAAAUUACCAGGUUUUGCCAGAUCGAAGUCAUCCCAAACUGCUGAUGAGUGGAGGUGGGGGGUACCUACUCUCAGGCUUCACUGUGGCCAUGGACAAUGUCAAGACAGACACCAGCCUCAAACCCAAUGUCAGCACUUUAGAACUGAAGAAUACUGAGGAGCCAGCAGCAAAAAAACGGAAAUGCCUAGAAUCUGACUCAUAACCUUUAACAAGUUGUUUUGAUUUUUGUUCUCAGGCAUCAUACAGUUAGUAAUUAAAAUUUAAAUACCAUUGCUGAUGAUUUUUUUCAUACCCUGAGAAUAAGAAUGUGUCCAUACACCUGUUCCUAGGAAGUAAGAGAAAGCCUCUUGUCCAUCUCUGACACAGAUGGGUUCUGUCUGUUGUAACUGCAAGCCAAAAUACCCAACCCUGGGGUCUGCAGUGGGUAUGGCCAAUCGUGUUCUGUUUAACAAAAAUCCUCCAAGUUCUCUGUGCAGAUAUAUUGAGAAUUUAUUUAUAUAAGACUUUGGAAUAACACAGCAUAGCUAAAACUCAGUGGUACUGAAAGGAAGGAACGGGUGGAGGAAAUUUCCUCUGUUCUUUCUGUUCUUUUCAACCCAAGCAACAUGGAUGUGUGAGUACAUGAUAUUUACAGCAGCAGAAAUUUCCACCCUGCUCCUUGCAAUGGAGUAUAUUCUUUCAGAAUACUAGAUCUUAUUAUUGUAAUAGUUGACUACCUGGGACAGUUCUGAGUAUUUAUUUUACUGUUUGUGUGUGUGUGUGCGCGCGCGCGCGUGCACGCGCAUAGAAGGGUAUGGGAGGGUAUCUUUUCUCUAACAUUAAUUUACCAAUCCUCUCCUUUGUUCCAAGUAAGAUGACUAGGAUUUUUGUGUAGUAUUCCAUUAAAAUAAAUGAAAACGGAGUUUUUUUUUCUCCUCAGAACUUAGGGAGAUUUUAUAUGUGUACAUACACACACACGUAGAUCUGCACGCGGAGACAGAGAGGAAGUCCUAAUGUAUAUUAACUUUGACGGUUUUGUGCAGAACUUAGACUAGUAGUUCUCAUUGCAUUACUGUCACUCCUUGUCAAAUGUAUUUUAAAGUGCCUUUUUUGGUGAUUAUUAAUGCUGGUCUGUUGAGCUCUGGCAUGAUUAGGUGGUUAGCCUUUCUAUAUUUUUUUCUCUAAAAAUAUGUAUUUAAAUUCUUGAAUCAUCUGCUGCAGCAGAGAAAAGCUCGGCUUCCCAGUUGGGUCUCUUGCUCACUAGAAGGGGCUUAUCGUGUGCAGUGUUCACAUCAUCACAGAGCAGAUGGGGAUUGUCCAGGAGGGAGCAGCUCAAAAAAAAAAAAACUUGUUUUUCCUAUUAGCAUGUAUGAUUCUGAUAAUGGCAGUGAGAGUACCAACAAGUACGAUUUUUAUUCCUUUUUCUUAACUGUGUUGAAGAAUAAAAGCAUUUCCUACUAUGAUCUGGCUUAAUGAUGCACCAACCAGUGACACCCUGUUGAGGUUUCAGCCGAUUGUGACACAUUGUCUGUGAUUAAGAGAACACACGUGGGUUGGCACUUCCCUGAACGUGUAAUGGCAAACAGUUGUCACCCACGCAUAGCCAGUCAAGUUUGGUCAAGAGUAUAAUCAUACAUAGACUGGGCUCAUUAAUGGCUGUUCUCCACUGGUCACUGCCUCCUACUUGAGACUCAACCAGUUUGCAAGUCCCAUCCCAUUCCUUAAAUCCUUUGUGUUGGACCCCUGAGGGAGAAGUCUGGGGCCUGAGCUGCCAAGGCCCUGGUGUGCCUACCUAGCUGCCCCUGGAGAUGAUUGGUGGGCUUAUCUCACCGGCACCAGCGGCAGCAAGUUCACCUGUGAUUUUUUCUCAUUUUUUCCAUUUGCGAGCCCCGAGGGUUUAAGUCAGUGGUUCUCCAAUCUAGUCUGCAGUAGAACCCCCGGAGGGCUUUUUCAACAGUUUGAUGGACCUUGCCCCCGAGUUUCUGAUUCAGCAGGGCAGGGGUGGGGCUGAGUAUUUGCAUUUCUAACAGUUCCCCAAGUGAUCCUGGUGCCACUGUCCAGGGACCACACCUUGAGAACCAGUACUCUGUUGGCACCUACACCAUGGGUGCAACUAAAUACAAGAUGUUCUUGUCUUUGUAAAAUGGAUAAUAAAGUGACUUCUGGACAUCUAGCCGUCGGGAGAGUUAAUGAAAUGGUACUUGAAUGAGUAACAAUCAAAAAAGUAAAUCAUUUUGUAGCAUUCAUCCUAUUUCUUCAUUGGGUUUGAGUACUUGGGAGUAUACAGCGAUGCUCAUUAAAGGAUGUUUUUAAACUCUGAAGUACAUUAAAAUUGUAGGAAGCAAAUAUUGGGCAAUCAUUCAUUGGUUGUAAAUUGAAAAGCCAAAAAUAGUGGGUUUUUUUUUUUUAAUAUAAGAAUUUUUUUAAGUAAUUAAGACAUUUGCAUUUUGUUUUCAAGUAUUGGUUGUAAUAUUGCAAGAGCAAUACCAAAAAAAAAAGACAUCCAGAAGUCAUGAAGAUUCAUGUUGGUCCCAAUGUCCUGAUACGGGAAUGUAUUUAGUGCAGUGCAAGAAGGGAUUCCUGUAUCUAUAAGUGAAAUAAAAUAUCGCCCGAGGUUAGUAGUGUGAACUUGUGUCAAAAGUUACAGGUUUUCUUGGUUCUCUCUAUGUAGCACAUGUCAGAUGGCGAAGAUGUGUGAGUCUAGGAAUAGCUCCUUAAAUAGCAGCUGAUAACUGUUGCAUUAACAUUUAUUAGGCAGCCACUAUUUUUUAACCCUUUAUGAGGAAGGACAAGAUCUUUGAAGCACAGGAAGUUAAUACAUACCUUUUUAAAAAAUUAUUUUGGCAUCUUUUGCAGUUUCAUUAAUAGCUUGGUCUUUUGGCAUCGAACUCUCAUUAAAACAAGACUGGACUAUACACCAAUGUUCUGUGCAGACCUUUUCACAACAGCCAAGAGGUGGAAUCAACCUAGAUGUCCAUCGGCAGAUGAAUGGAUAAACGAAGGGGGGUAUACACACACAGUGGAAUAUUACUCAGCCUUAAAGAGAAAUCCUGGUGCGUGCCACAACAGAGAUGAACUUUGAAAACACCGUGCUGAAUGAAAUAAGACAGUCGCAAAAGGACAAAUAUUGUAUGAUCUCACAUGAAAUAAGCAAAUGUAUAGAAACCAAGGAUUAUUAGUAGUUAGCAGAGGUGGGAGAGAGGAGAAAGGAGGAGAUUUUGCUUAGAGGGCGUUGAGUCUGUGUUAAUGGGGGAAUAUUUUGAAAAGGAUAACGAGGAUGGUUGCACAACUUGAAGGGUAUAAUCAGUCACUGAAUUGUACACAUAGAAAUUGUUGAGUUGGCCUAUGUUGUAUAUCUGUUUUCACCACACAUAUAUAAAAAAAAAGACCUAAGCCUCUAGGUUGUGAAGGUUAGAUGAGAAUGUGUGGGGAAAAGUCUACCGUAGGACACAGUUAAAGCCUCCAUAAAUUGUUGCCGUAAUUGUUGUUCAGAGUUGUGUCUAGCAUUUGUUGGAAACUUCUAGUUAGUUUGAAUAUACAGUAAGAGAGUACAGUGUACAAAGAAAAUGGGCUCAAGCUAGGCAGGUGUCUUAGUAAUCUAGUGCUGCUAUAACAGAAAUACCACAAGUGGAUGGCUUUAACAAAGAGAAGUUUAUUUUCUCACAGUAAAGUAGGCUAAAAAUCCAAAUUCAGGCAUCAGCUCCAGGGGAAGGUUUUCUCUCUCUGUCAGCGUUCUCGUCAAUCUUCCCCCAGGCUGGGAGCUUCUCUGUGCAGGGACCCUGAGUCCAAUGGACAGGCUCUGCUCCCGGCACUGCUUUCUCGGUGGUAUGAGGUUCCCCUGUCUGUCUGCUCUAUUCUUUUAUAUCUCAAGAGAUUGCCUCAAGACAAUCCGAUCUUGUAGGUUGAGUCCUGCCUCACUAAUACAACUGCCGCCCACCCUCCCUCAUUAACAUCAUACAGGCAGGACUUACAACAUAUAGGAAAAUCGCAGCGUAAUGAGAAUCAUGCCCCAGCCAAAUCGAUACAUUUGAGGGGGGGGGUCAUAAUUCAAUCCAUGACAACGGGCACUCCAGCUGUAAGACUUUGGGCAAUUGUGCACUCUCUGCCUCGACUUCUUCAUCCGAAAAAUGGGAGUAAUAAUGGCACCUACCUGGUAGGAUGAAAUGAGUUAAUAUGUGUACGGUGCUUAGCACUGGGUCAGGCACAUAGUCGUCACUUAAUAAUUGCACCCUGUCAUUACUAAAAAGGAAGACGAAAGAUUUUGGCAUUUCAUUUUCACAUUGACAGAAAGGUAACUCAGGUGCUAAAGAAAUUUUGUUUCAAAAUGUGGGUGGGCUCAAUAAUGUUGGGUGUUUGGUCUGCUUAGUGUAUCAUUCUAAAUCAACAAAUUAAAAAAAAAAAAAAAGCG